AUGCAGGGCCCCCCAGACGCGAAUCUGGCUAUCCUCUUGCACGCAGCCACGGCGCUCGACCUUUAUGCGCUGAAGUUUAGACGCCCCCCGCCUUUGCCUUUUGACCCCGUGGGACCCGCCCCGAAACUGCCGAACUGGGACGAGGUUUUGGAGGGGGCGCAGGCGCUCGAAGAGAUCGUGCACUCGGGGGAUGGCGUUUUCGUGCAGCGCAAACUCAACCAGUUGUAUAAGAAGUGGGCUAGUUUCUUGGAGACGGAACUCAUGGGCGCCUCGGGCACCAUCUUGUCAUGCACAGGGGCUCGAGGCAAGGCACCACAGCUUCACUUGAUGCAAAUUCUAGAUCAGGACCGUCGGCCACCCACCGUGCACCCUGAUUUGCAUGCUUUGAAACGGAUGUCGAUUAAGUUCAAGUUGCCCAUCACCUGCCUGAAGGGAAAUCAACGACACCAGGCCGACGUCGGGGGCGCUCCCCGCGGACCCAUGGUGCCCGAGCCAGCGCAGCCCCAGGCACCACUCGGCGGCGGCCCGUGUGGCAGCGACGCUGCUCGGUGGUAUCAGUCGGGAGGCGCAGACGCAGGCUCGGGCGCCAACAGCGCCAUCACAGAUGAAGCCUACCACAAGUUCUACGGCAGCGCACCUGGAGCUGGGGUGCAGUACCCGCUGACGUUGAUCUCGCCGGCACUUUUGAAUCGGCACCUGCGCCUGGCCGUCCAAGCAUACCACGAGCGCAGAUCAGGGGCUCCGCUGCGCCGCGCGCGCGCGUGCUCGCGCGCGUGCCAGCAGGGGCCCGCUGGAGCCGCCUGGCGGGCCAGCUCCCCGGACACGAUGGCGGGGGCAGGCGGCGGUGCCGACCAGGAUAUGGCCCCCGAAGCCGGCGACGAAGCCCAGGACUGGGACGCCGAGGCAGAGGAAAUGGACGAGGAGCUCCGGAGGGGCAACUGCCAGGAGGUGGAGUUCGAGAGCGACGACGACAUGCCGGAGGACUCCGACGGUGACGUCAUGGACAACCCCGACGAGGAGAUAGGUGUCAUCAACGAGAAUGACAUCUACUCCGACGAAGACCUCGCACAUCAGGGAGUAGACGACGCCGUGACAUCUGUGGCGCAUGCGGAGAGCGUUCUCUCGGUGAUGGUGAACCCGACCGAUUGGAAUAGCUUGGUGACUGGUGGCCAGGACGACGUCGCCGUUCUGUGGCACAUCGACGAGCAGAACGGCUCCCUCGCCUGCACGCAGCGGUUUCGCUUGCAGGGCCACACGGACUCCGUGAUACAGGUGGCGUUCAGCAACGACGGGCAGUACGUCGCGACGGGCUCAUACGACGGGACCGUGCGCAUAUGGACUCCGCAGGACGGGGCCCUGGUGCACGCGCUGGACGGCCCGUCCAAGGAGGUGGAGUGGAUAUCUUGGCAUCCGAAGGGGCACGCGAUCCUCGCCGGCUCCACGGACACCAUGGCGUGGAUGUGGUGGGCGCCCACAGGGAAGCUGAUGCAGAUCUUCGCCGGGCACGCGCAGGGCGUGACCUGUGGCUGCUGGCCCAUGGGCGGCAAGCUGGUCUGCACGGCCUCGGAGGACCGCGCCAUCAUAGUGUGGAACCCGCGGACGGGGUCUCCCCAGCACCACGCCAAGCAGGUGCACGAGGGCGCCAUCGUGAGCAUCUGCGCGCACCCCGAGGGGCCCGUAGUGGUCACCGGCAGCGAGGACGGCUCGUGCAAGGCGACGCACAUCGAGACAGGCAACACCCUGGCAAACCUCGUCGGGCACACGGAGUCUGUGGAGGCGGUCGGCUUUAGCAACCCUUCGCAGGGCGCCAUCCUGCUGCUGGCUAGCGCGAGUAUGGAUGGCAAGGUCAAUGUUUGGGACGGAAAGACCUUCGAGCUCCGAUGCUCCCUCACGGACCACUUCGAGCAAGGCGGCGUCGUCCGUUUCAGGUGGCUUCCGGCGCCUGUCUACGGCUCCUGGCUCAGCACCUGCGCCACAGACGGCACUGUGCGGUUGUACGACGCCUUGGCGGGCCAGUGCAUACGAACGUUACGGGGCCACAGCGACACAGUGCUGGACUUGUCCGUGGCGAUUGGGCGCGCAACGGAGGGCCCCCCUGGGAGUCACCAGCUUAGGAUAGCGACAGGGUCCGACGACAACACUUGUCGGUUCUUCUCGGUGGCCUUGUGGACGGCUGGGCACACCGAGCCGGCCGUGCCGAAGGCCGCCCAGAGCACCAGCGCCGAACCGAACGCUCCAACGCCAGAGCGAAACCCGCACUUGCCGCUGGCACCAGCCGGGGCCUCAGCCCCGGCGCGAUGA